AUGGCGCCUCCUCCUCCGGCGAAGAAGAAGACGCGCACCGCGCGCGGCGCCGCCGCCGCGACGAACGACGGCGACGCCGCGACCGCGCGUCCUCGCGCCGCGGAGGAGAAGAAGCCGUCCAGCGCGUUGCAGUGGGGCCGGAAGCAGACGCGCACCACGUCCGAGGCGGAUCCGAGACCCAAGGCGGCGCGCGGGCCGUCGACGACGGCGAACGCGCGCGGCGGAUCCGGCGCGAACGACGCGGGAAUUCCCGGCGCGAAUGAGCAACACCCCUCCGCGGCGAUCACGGGCGACAGCGUCGGCUUCACGUCUCUGCUCACGCUCGCGGACGCGGGCGUGCAGCUCGAGAGGCGCAGCGCGCAGAAGCAGCGCCGGAGCGACAAGAUCGCGGCUUCGAAAAGUAACGCCGCGGCAGCCGCCGCCGCCGCCGCCGCCGAAACCGCCGCGAACGGGUUCGUCGCUCAGAGCGGCAGGAAGGGAUCCAACAUCGCGACGGCGGCGUCUCGCGGCGCCGCGUCCGGCGCCGCGCCGUCGUCGGCGGGCGCCCCGGGGUCCUCCGUCGUCGCCGAGAACCCUGGAAAGAAGCGCGGCCGCGGACCGAACAAAAAAGAAGAAUCCGAGGAGGACCUGGAGGCGAAGCGACGGAAACGCGUGCAGGCGAACCGCGAGAGCGCGAGAGAGACGAUCCGACGGAAGCACGAGAAGUACGACGAGCUCAGCGCGAGAGAGGAGGAGCUCACGGGCGAGAACGCGACGCUGCGCGGCGACGUCGCGGAGGCGUUGCGACGCGCGAGGGCGCUCGCGGCGGAGAACGACGCGUUGCGGGAGAAGGUCCGCGCGGCCGCGGCGGAGAAGGGCGUGGCGUGCCCGGCGUUCGGGGAGCGCGCGCGCGUGGAGCCUCCCAGCGAGUUCCAGCCCGAGAGCGCGGGCGUCGUGCCCGUCGCCGGCGUGAGGAUGCUCCUUGACGGCGGCGCGGCGCCCGUCGCCGUCGGCGGCGCCGCGGCUCAAUUCCCGGCGAUCGCGGCGGCGGGUCCUACGAACGAGGGACGAGACGGCGGCGAGUGCGCGGGGACGUCAGUGACGACGGCGGCGGCGGCGGCGGCGGCGGCGGCGGCGACCGCGGCGGCGGCGAUGCGACCGGCGGCGGCGGCGGCGUGGCCGAACCCGCAGAUGGCGUUUGGGAUGUUCACGUCGAACGGGUUUAACAUGGCGAACAUGCCGCCGCCGCAUCUGUGGAACCCCGCGGCGAUGGCCGCGGCGUUAGGGGGCGGGGGGUGGGGGGUGCCGUUGGCGCAAGGUGCGGCGACGACGGCCGCGACGACGGCGGCGCCCGCCGCGAAGAAAUAAAAACGUUUCCCGCGGACGGACGGACCCCGGAGCCGGAGGAAGAAGCCGAACCCCGCGCUUUCGGUGCGGGUGUACGAGUAGUCUAAUAACCUGUAGUUUUCGUUUCCGUGUAUGCGUGUAUGUAAGCAUAAGAUUUUUUCACUAA